CAUAUUGAAUACAUGUUUGGUGUUGUUGGUAUUCCAGUCACUGAAAUCGCAAUUGCAGCCCAAGCAGCUGGAAUAAAAUAUGUAGGAAUGAGAAAUGAACAAUCCGCUUGUUAUGCUGCAUCUGCUGUUGGAUAUUUGACUGGCAGACCAGGAGUAUGUCUUGUAGUGUCCGGCCCAGGCUUUUUGCAUGCCCUUGGUGGGAUGGCAAAUGCAACCAUAAACUGCUGGCCUUUGAUUGUUAUUGGAGGCUCUUCUGACAGAAACCAGGAAACCAUGGGAGCUUUCCAAGAAUUCCCACAGGUUGAAGCUGGUAGGCUGUACAACAAACUGUCUGUCCGGCCAAGCAGCCUAGAAGUGUGUCCUGCUGUUAUUGAAAAGGCUGUAAGAACCAGUAUGUAUGGUCGUCCAGGUUCCUGCUAUAUUGACAUACCUGGGGAUUUUGUGAAUCUUCAGGUGAAUAAGAGCUCUGUCAAGUGCCUGGGAUGCUGCCUGCCACCUCCCAUCUGCACAGCUGAACACUCUGCUGUAUCUGCAGCAGUGUCUAUCAUCGCUCGUUCCAGACAGCCCCUGCUAAUCAUUGGCAAAGGUGCUGCUUAUUCACAUGCUGAAAACAACAUCAGAAAGCUGGUGGACCUUUGUGGAUUGCCUUUUUUGCCUACACCAAUGGCAAAAGGAGUAGUUCCUGAUAACCAUCCAAAUUGUGUAGCUGCAGCAAGAUCAAUGGCAUUACAGCAUGCUGAUGUAAUCAUCUUGCUUGGUGCAAGGUUGAAUUGGAUUUUGCAUUUUGGUCUUCCACCUAGGUUUCGACAAGAUGUAAAGGUUAUUCAGGUUGAUAUUUGUGCAGAAGAGCUGGGGAAUAAUGUGAGGCCAGCUGCAACUUUAUUAGGUGACAUAAAUGCUGUGACUAAGCAGCUUUUAGAAGAAUUCAGCAAAAGACCAUUGAAAUAUCCUUCUAAUUCUGAGUGGUGGAAGAGGCUGAGAGAGAAAAUAAGGAACAAUGAGGAAAGAUCAAAGGGAUUAGCAUUACAGGAAUCCUUACCUAUGAAUUAUUACACAGUCUUUCAUCACAUCAGAGAACUGAUACCCAAGGACUGCAUCUUAGUAAGUGAGGGAGCAAACACCAUGGACAUUGGGCGCACUAUGCUUCCAAAUUACCAUCCCCGUCAAAGGCUUGAUGCAGGUACUUUUGGAACGAUGGGAGUCGGGCUGGGAUUUGCUGUAGCAGCAGCAAUGGUGGCUCAAGACCGAACCCCUGAAAAGAGAGUCAUCUGCAUAGAAGGAGAUAGUGCUUUUGGAUUUUCUGGGAUGGAGGUGGAGACUAUUUGCAGAUACAACUUGCCAAUCCUGAUUAUUAUCGUAAACAACAAUGGGAUUUACACUGGUUUGGAUGCAGUUGCCUGGAAGGAGAUGUUAAAGUUUGGGGAACCUGCUACAUGUGCACCUCCUGUUUCUCUCCUGCCAAAUUCACACUAUGAGGAAAUUAUGUCUGCCUUUGGAGGAAAAGGAUAUUUUGUUAAAACGCCAGAAGAACUGCAGAAUGCUCUGAAAGCAAGCCUGACUGACAAGCAGACACCUUCUCUGAUAAAUGUGAUGAUUGAUCCACAGUCUGAGAGAAAGAAACAGGAAUUUCCAUGGCUGACUCGUUCUAACCUGUAG